AUGCCAAAUGAGCGCAGGAUUUUGAAAUUUGCUUCGACUCUUGCAGCGUGUACUCCUGAGGCUGCGGCAUACGGUGCUUGUGUUUCGAGACAAGCCGAAAGAAUAACGAAGGACGCCUGUGCAAACGAAUUUUCAAAGUUACUUGACUGCGUCAAGAAACAGUUAUUCAAAGAAAUGACUGACGCCAGAUGCAGUUGCUCCGUUUCUUUUUCUUGGAGUUCUUUAUACUUGGAAUUCGCUAUAGUUAAACAGAAGAAUAUUUUAGAAAAAUAA